AUGGGAGCAAGGUUAUGCAUCCUUAUUAAUUACUUUCGCGCAGGGAAAUGGUGUGAUGAAUGCCUUAGCUUUGUCGUAAGCCAAUUUCAAGAUGAUAUAAUGAUGCCCAAGGAUGAAAAAUCCUUUUCAUACGCUUUUUAUCUUUGUCCAGAAUGUGCUGAUAUUACCAAAAACUAUCUCGAUAAUUUAUAA